AUGUCUAGUGAAAAAAACAUUGUCGAAAAACCAAUAAACACACAUAACUCUCAGAACACAAGGGAUGAUGCCGGACGCACAUCGCCAUCUCUCGAAUCUCUUCGUGAUGAUGUCCAACACCUUGUUGAUCUUGUUGUUUUACGAAAGAAGGCAUGUGAUGAUACUGAAAAUGAAACUAGGUUUUUGCGAGAGUACGUAGAGUCGUUCAUCUCCAUGGAGAACACAGAUCACUGA